AUGUCUCCAUAGCAGACGACGACGAAUACUAUAAACUCAAAGGUCGUUAAGGUGUAGCAAUACGUGAGCAACCAACAAAUUUUAUUGUCAACUUUUCACCCAUUGAAGAUAAUCAUAGUAAAUAUUCGUAGUAAAUGCUUUUCUUUGGAACUGAUUUUCGUUGCUGUUUAACAUCUCGACGUUUAUAUUUACUUUAUCAAAGAAAAAACCUAUGACCAAAUAUAGUCAUGGAUAGACGUACCGCUAUCACACUUGCAUUGCGAUUCAUCAAUCGACAAGCAGCAAAGUUAAAAUAAGUCCGGACAAAAGAGAACACCUAGAAAUUUGCAAAGUACACGGUGCAUUUGACUGUCAGGCUGCAACAUGGUAGACAGAGAUGAAGAAGACAUAUCUUGGGAUCAUCUACCACAGCAUAUCCUUGUAUCAGUUUUCACUUAUUUGACACCACAUGAACGACUGCAGGCAGCUUUAUCUUGCAAGUCUUGGCUCACUUGCUUGCAACAUCCUUUGUUGUGGAGACGAUUUGUUUGUCGAUUUAUUCAGCCUGUAAAUAGCAAGCUUCUUCAGCCCAUUGAAAACCAUGGUCAUCGUAUUCGUGCUCUUGUUGUGGAACUGGAUCAAGAAAAAGCGGAUAACCGAAUAAACGCCUGUAAGAUCCUGCGCAGUCUUGCUGACAACCUGCAACGAAAACUAACAUCAUUGACUGUUCGAUUCUUAGGUCAAAAUCCACUUUUUUAUGCUGGUCAUGAAUUUGUUACAGAACUAAAGUUGUUGUUCGAUUUUGCUAGGCUACCUGCAGUCCCUCAUUUUCUUACAGACAUAGAUCUCAGUGGACUGGAUGUGGCAUUUGAUGACACGCUGUUUGAUGCUUUGGCUGAAAAUCAGCCACAGCUGGAAUCAUUAAAUAUUCAAAACAAGAGCCUUAUAUGCAAGGUAUCCCCAUUCUGCAUGCUUCGGCUUGUUUCACAGUGCAGAAAGCUGAAAGACCUGCGUGUCUUUCAUGUAAGCCUUUCAGAUGAAGUUCUUUUGGCUCUGGCCAGACCUGAGGAGCCCUGCUUGAGGCGAUUAUCUAUUGUAUUUAGACGUGAAGCAAAAUAUACAGAAGACCUCUCAUCUGAAGCCUGGCUGGCUUUGGUUAAUAAGAUUCCAAAGCUUUCAGUUAUGUUAGGAUUUGAUCACACGUGUCCACUUCAUCGUAUUUCAGACCUGAUGAAAGCAGAAAUUCCUGUGACAGUCUUGCGUCUGGAGACAUUUACACACAUUGCUGAUGAAGUGAACCAAGCAACAACAUUCUAUCAUAAAACUCUAGAGGAGGUGGUUCUGCAGACACGUAACUCAGAAGAACUCAGCCGGGCAUUAAUAAGGCUUGCAGAAGAGUGUUCAAGACUGCGCACACUUUUGGUGUACUGUGUUCUCAACCAAUCUGUUGUUGAAAGGAUCCUGGAUCUUCAUCCAGAAAUGAAAAGAAGAGGGUCAUAUAUCCUAAAACAUCAGAUGGAAGAGGGCCCAUGGGUUGUUGGUGCUGAGACAGAUGAAGAAGUCAGAGAGAGGUUACAAACCAGCAUGAAUUGAUUUCAGAAUGAAGGGAUGCUGAUCAGAAAAUGAAAGAGAAGCAGAAAACAAGAAAUUCCCCAAAAGCUGACCACCAAACACAACAAACAAAUAAAUGCCAAUUCCAGACAUGAAGUUAUGUGGGUGUCUUGUGUGACCGCAUGCAUGCAAGUCAGGAGUAAUGUGCAUAACUGAGACAUUUGGUUUUGACAGAAAAUACAGUCAUUUUCUCUGUGAAGCCCUAUGGUCUGGAUAUGCAAUCUGAUGGCAUUACAUAUAUGUCUUUGAUUCCCUUUUUAUUCAGAUUGAAUGAAUACAAAGGAAAAUGAUGCCAACAAUGAGUGACGCAAUUAAAUAAUCAUGAGGAAGCAAAUAAAUUGCGAAAUGAUAAUAAAAGAGAACAGUCCACAAAACCCCACACGUUAUGACAUACAUUUUUCCAACUAUUUUUAACUGCAAAUGGAAGACACAUCAUUCUUCACAAGAAGUGUGAAGGUGAUGACUGUCACUAAUUUGAUGAUCAGGAAAAGAAACUACUGAUUAUCUGCUGAGCAAAAGGAUUAUAUUUAUUAAAAAUAUAUUUAUGCUGUUGUGUAUAUGCACACUGCAUAUAUGAUUAUUUAUUUGAUGAUAUUUAGGUUUGAAAAAUGUAAUAAUGUGGGUAAUUUACUUGGCAAAGGCAUAAAAAGAAUCCAAAUUCUGAACCUUGGUUCAUUUUCCCCUUAUACAUAUAUACAUCCCUUGACUGGUACCAGCAAAUGAGUGGCUAUGCUGGUCUAUUGUACUGGUCAUUGGAGGGACAGCUGGAUAGAUGCAGCAGCUAACAAAGCAUGCCACUUAUUCUUGUCUUGAAAAGCAAAGAAAAGCAGGUUCUGCAUGGAAUGACCAGUCUAUUCCUUUGUUUUCACAGGAUGUACAUAAGCUAAGCAGAAAAUGAACAAACUAAACUUUGUUGUUGUUUGGAAGUAAGGCUUCUUCACUGAGGCUAGAUAAUUUUUUAUGGUGAUUACAGUGCUCCUCUCCCUUGUUGCCUUUCCUUUCACAACCCAUUCAGCAGCUGGGUCAGUCUGGCAAAGUACAUUGCCCCACAUGGGUAUCCAAUUGGCCUCAAUUCAUACCUGCUACCAAAACUGAAUAUGCUUCUGUCUGCAGUUUGAGUAUCGCUCUUUUUCCAAGAGUUUGACUUUUCGUUGCCUUUUUUCUCAUGUCUACAGAAUUGCAUACCUUGAACUGUGUAGGAUUAGUUCAUCAUUAUUUCAUUGCAAAGGCAACUCAGACUUUCAUUUGCUCUCUUCACUGGCUGGAGGUCUCUUAUCAUAUAGCCUAUAAACUUUCCACUCUGACAUAUUCUGCUGUCUCUGGUACCUAUUCUCAAUAUUUCUCUGAACUCAGUACUAUCUAUGCUCUCUCAUGAUGGCUUUGUUCAUCUUUUGACACCAGGCUUCUUGGGAGUCUCACUAAAAAAAAGACAUAUGGAUAGAGGUCUUUUUCCUAUCAAGCCCAAUCAGCUUGAAACAAAUUACUUGUCAGCCUUUGUCACACUACCUCAAUUCCAAACCUAACAUACUUUUCGGUGAGGUCACCCUUCCAUGUUCUGAUGGUGUGCUAAAGUGCGUCUGUAUUUAUCUUUUGGGUGUAUCUGUUGUAUGAGUGCAUGUGUGUAUAGAUGUUAGCGUGUAACAUUUAGGCACUGAGAGAAUAUACUUGAUGAUCUAAAACUGCCUUAUCAGUAGGCUGAAUAAUUUCUGGACAUUAUGCUGCAUAUGUACCUCCUCCUUUUCAAGUGCGGAAGCAGAUAGCUAAGUGGUUAGAGCUGGUGGUUAGACCUGACUCCACAGAGAGCUGGGGAAGGUAAGGCAGUGAGGGAGAGAUGGGCACUACCCUCAGGUAAAGCUAUGAAAAGCCUGCAAAGUUAUGAAAUUGCACCAGGUCAGAGACUUCCUGCACAGGAAAAUUUUGCAGUCAUUACAAACACUUUUGUCUGGUGUGUGGGGCUGAUUGUAUGUGUAGGGAAACAACUUGAGGUAAAGGUGAGAGUUUCAUGACAAACAUUGGUGUUGCAUAGGGGAUGCACUGUAGUACCUGAUAAACAGUCUCAACAUGAAAUGAACUGGAUUUCUUCUGAUAAUAAAAUUGUGUACAUUUCAUGUGCGGAUAUAAGCACAUUUAUUUGAAAAAUAGUUUCUGUGGUUACGUUUAUAGGAAAAAAUCUGUGAUGAUCAAAUUGAUGAUGAUGUCAGAUGAGAAAAAAAUUAUAAAUUUAGUGGUAGCCAGUAUGUUGGUGUCAAUCGCUAACAAGUGAAAAUUUCCCCACAGGUUAAGACAAUAAUUUACUGAACUGCACACUGAAGUGCCAAAUGACUUGGCUUCUUGUUUUGAUGGGGAUUGCUAAAGUUGUAUAUAAUGAACAAAAAUUGUGAGGAUAUCUAUGCAAAGCAUUAAUAGUAGAACGUCGUGCUUUCAUGUAUUCUUAAUAGUGAUGCUUAUCUUUUGAUGACAAAAUGAAUGGUGCUCUUUAGAAGCUUUUUUAUUACUAAGAUUCUUAUUAGAAUUUUGACAUGUUUGUCCUUUUUUCAAUUAUGAUUUCUUAAUAAUGAAGAACAAUUAGCAUUUGCACUCAGUGUUAUGUUGCUGAACAUUUCAGUUUUGCUGUUGUGUACAGAAAUUUUUAUAGAUGGCUAUUGUUGCUUUCUUUUAGAGUGCAAUGUGUUAUACUGGUUGAGAACAUAUCAAGGGAGAAGAAACAGCACAAUUCAAGACUGUUAAAAAUUCAUAACUGUGGUCUAUAGUCAGUCUUUAAAGAACUUAAAUUAUCAUUAAAGAUUUCAUGCUGUACCAGUUUGUAGCACACGGGGGAGGCCAUGGAGAAGGGAAACCAAGAGAGAAGUUUUGGGUUUGUGCAAUGCAGAAACAAAGGGCUUCAAGGCAAAAGAUAUAAAAGAAAAAUGGCAUUGAAAUGAUAAGGGUUUUAGGUGGAAAGGAAUAAAGGUGAAAGGACUUUGGAGGCAGAUGCAAGGACAGCAAGUUAGAGAAGAGCAGGCCACUGUCACUCAGAGAGGAGAUGGUCAUCCCGUCCGCCUUUGGCGCUGGGAGCCUAGCCAUUAAGGGCUACUGCAGCACAAACUUAUGUCUGUAUGGAUAGGAGCACGCACAACAGAUUAUGUGAUAUAUUUUUAUAUAAAAAGACUUUAAUAUAAUUUCUGUUGUAGAUUUUGUUGAGAAUUUUGUUUUUUUUACAUUAAUGAGGUGGAUAUGUGAUUGUGCAUGAGUGUGUGCGCACAAGAGGGAUUGGCAGGACAGUGCUUCCACCUAGAGGCGAUUUACACUAUGAGGCAAAAUGAGAGGGGAGGUAUUACCCAGAGAAAAGCCCCAAAAGCCAGCCCUGCAAAUAGGUGUCACAGUGUUCCAAGAUGAGAUCUGAACCCAAGGCCGUUCACUGUGGUGGUGACAAUCGGGUGUUUUAACUAUACUACUGGGCGCCCCAAACAUUUGAGAGAGGGAGGCAGGAAUGAUUAUGCCAACAUAUUGGUUUCAGAAUGAUCCUGUAGAGAUUGUUACUGUAGUUGUAUGCUUAUCCUCAUCAUGAUUAAAGUCAUACUUGUGAAAUGAAACUCUAUAUUAGCUGGAAUGCACUCACAAAAGUGUAGGCAGGAAAUAAACUUUCCAAAUGACUAGAAGCAAGUGUGUACCAUCAUUACAUUUGUGAGGAAUCAUGAGAAGAACCAAUGUCUUGGGUUUAAUACCAAAACUAAUAUUCUGUUAACAGCUAGGCCAUCUCAAUGUGAAAUUUUGUGAACAAUAGGUGAAAGAAGUGUCAGAUGAGAAUAUAAUUAAAAACAAGACGAUGGAAGGAAAAUAAAGGUAACAAGAAAUAAACACUUUCUAGAUAUAUUCUAAUGCAGCAAAAAUUUGACCUCACAGCAGUUACCUGAAUGACAUUUACACAUGCACACACAACCCUAAAAAGGAAAAGACACAAGCACACCACUGUCAUAACAAAGAUAAUUGUUAUGUCUUAGCUGCUGUAAUAGGCAAUGCACAUAAAAGUCUUUCAAAAUAUGAAUUUAUGUCAACCAUAAUUUUGAGAACUACUGUUUAAGACCAGUUAAGAAAAAUACUUCUGCACAGAACAGAGGUAUUCUUCCCUGUCCCCCUACCCCAAAUAGCUGUGCAGAUCCGAUGUAGGACUUCUGAUUUGUGUAACUCUUACAGUCAACACUACAGCUCAAAUUACAUUCUGAUUAACAUACAACAUUUUUCCAUUUAAAGAUGUCUGUAAAUUCAGAGUAACACUCAUGAAAUGAUGAAAAUGCACAUACAGCUUUAGGAAUUGAAAAAUCAGACAAAAAAGAACAUAAUGUCACCAGUAUUUCACACAGAAGAAACAUAAAUGCUUGCUUUAACUAUAUAUUUGGGAUUAGAACAGUUGGUACAGAUUUAAGGAAACUGUCUCCACUCUCCAACUGUAAGUACAUCAGUAGCACAAGAUUAGGUGCCAUCUAUAUCCACAGCUAAUGCAGGUACUAAUGCUGUUGAACAGCAGCAGCAUUCAGUUAUAAAAAAAUAUGAAAGCUGAAGACCUGGUAAUACCCAGUAGUAUAUGGCACAAAGUUCAGAGAGAAAUUCUUCCAUCUCCCAGUCUUGCACUUUUAUCAAUGCACCAGGUCAGAGCUUAACAUUUUUUAUGAGUAUCAGCAAAUACAGCAGGUUAGAUAUGAGCAAAAUGCGAACUGACUUAUCAUCAGACUUCAAAAAGUUUCUUCAACAAAACUUGUCACAACAGAAAGUACAGAUGUUGUACCUUAAUUUCUAUUUCGGUUUGAAAAAUAUUGUUUACUCUAUCACAAAAAGGCACCUUGCAAAUACCCUUUUGUUACCAAGUUUCAGAUUCAUUUAAUAUCAAACAUUAUAAAUCAGAACAGCUAUUUAUACAGAAGCAAGAAACAAAACUUCUUAAAUUAAUGUUAAAGAAUAAGGAAAACUUAAGUUUACUUGUAAUUACCUCAGUUUAAAGCAAACACCUGGAAUGUUAAAAAAUUUAAAUGAAAAGUCUGGGCACAGAGACUGCCUUUUACUCCUCAGCAUCUGUUACUGUGAGGACUAAAAGUUUCAAUCAUGGCACUUUCUUUCCUUGUCCUUCAGGAUACUGACCACUGUUACUGAAGCAUAAAUAAUAUACACAAUAGCAUAUUUGUGAAGUACACAUUUUUUGUCUGUAUUUUUCAUAACCCUCACCACACUGCUGGCAAUUUUUUUUUCUAAACAAGGCACAAACCUAGAUCAGUAUAUGGAUCUUUUUCCAUUGAAAAAAAUGUGCUUGUUUAUAAGGCCCAAUGAGGCUUAUAUAAAUUUAUUUAUAGAUGGAAAUGGUACAAAUAGCCUAAGCAACCCACUGCUCUUGUCCGUACAGGCACAACGUAAGGCUGAUACAGUAUUUGAUAUGAGACUGGUCAAACCCCCUUUCUAUAACUUAUUAAUAAUGACAUUUAAAACAAAGGGCAGGAUUUGAGAGGCUGGAAGGCUUUCUUCAAACACACGUGUGUUGUCAUCUCUACCCACAAAUGUACUGCUUCUGUACUAACCAAGCAUAGAAGAUCAAGGGUUGUGACAGUCUUAGAUAUUUUUCAGCAACUUCCAAUAAAUUUGUCUUGGACAGACACUCCAAUAAGGCCAUUUAAAAUCAUGAGACUGUAUAAAUCUUGACUAUGCAGUCCCCACCAGUCCCUUUUCCAGUAAUUCUGCUAGACUUUAACUGAAGUCCCUGCCUCACAUGUACUUUUCAAUCAAUGAGUAUGAUAAUAUUCAAUGUUCAUGAAACAAAGAUUUUAUCAAGCAUUUAAAACUAUGCUAAUGCAAAGUAUGAUCGUGAAAUAUUUAAAUUUUCUUAUGUUCUACUAAAGAAGAGAAACAUCCUAGUAUUAUCGUUGACCUUUUUCUUCUGUCCUUCUGACAGCAAACAAGCAAGAAAAAAAUUUGAAGGUUUAAGCAACACUGCUAAUUUAUCAACUUAAAUAUUCAGGAUAUAAAAGAGAGCCAAGCAAACUGCUUGCACAUCCCUCCUCCCAAACAAAACAACGGUCUGCCUGCUAUGAUCUACCUAAUGGCAUAAUUUUCAAUAUUUUGAAUAAUGAUCGAGAAAACUUAGUAUGCUAUAUAAACCAGAAAAU